GAAAUAUAUAUUAACAAUAUUAAGAGGAAAAAAAACAUUGUGGAGACGGAGGCGACCCCCCUCUUUUCUGGAAUAUUCUCUUUUCUGUUGCCGUUGGAUAGUCGGCCCAAUACACUUCGUCACGCGCGCAAAGCCUCCGUUCCAAUUCCAAUUCAUCCUACCCAAUUUCUCGAGCAGCUUCCGUGCGCGGCGGAGAGGGACAAGAGCUCCGAUGCCGAAGCAUGGGGAUGGCGCGGGGCGCUCCGCGUACGUGCUAGUGCUCCGCGAACACGAGGAGGAAGGCAGGGGCUACGCGCUCGAGCUCGCCCCCCUUUUGGCCAGCGACGCGGCCCCGCGCGCUCGAGGCCGCGCUUCGACUAGGGUGGAGGAGACCGCGGCCGCGGCGGCGACGGCGACGCGCACGGGCACGGGCACGGGUCCACGCGCUCAUGGGAGCGGCCAGACGAGGGAGGAGGCGGCCGGCGGCGCGCCCUCGCGUGAUCAAGGCCCGCGCUCAACUCGGGAGUCGGCGACGGUGACGAGCACGGCUCCUCGCGCUCGCGGAGAAAGCCCGGCGAGGGAGGCGGGGACGGCGGCGGCCGGUCGGGCGCCUCGUCCGCGUGGCUGUCACGGUCGCGGCCUUAACACGGCCGUGGAUGUGGCGGCGGGUGGCCUGCACGGCGGCGAUGGGGCAGGCGGCGGAGGCGAAGCCGCGGACGCAAUCAGCGACGACCUAGCAGGCGCCGCCGGGGAGCAGAUACUACGCGACAUGAGAACCCUUCUCUUCUCUCAGCCCGACGGCAGUCUGACGCAGGAUUCGUUGAGAAUUGAUGAUGCCAACAAGAACCUCAAGCUCCGCGAGCGCGAGGUUCUCAUCCCGGUCUUCCUUUCCCCUAAGAAGAAGGGACAGAACAAGGAUGACAUAUGGAACAAGCGGCAGAUCAUGUAUGGAAUUGCGCUAUUGGGACUUUUGAGUUUUGUCCCUGCAAUUGUAGCUUUUCUGCCAAAAUGGGUGCUCUUCGUUUUUGCAGCUAUCUGGGGUUUAAGUAGUAUUGGUUUCCCAUUUGGACUUUUUGGUACAUCUAAGCUGGAGAUGGCCUACAGUCGUCUUAUGGGGCGGUUUAUCUUCAUGGUGUUUUGCCUAUCUGUGAUCUUCAUGUUGUACCAAUAUAUGACACCACAUAACACAUUUUGGACUAUUGGCUUUGCAUUUGUUGGUGCUAUCGUGAUGGCAGGGCAUAUGAUUUCUUGGGUCACGGGCUGCCUCACUGGGAGUGAUAAAGAUGAUGAGUCUAAGUCCUCAGGAGAGCAGGAUACAAUAACUUCAGAUUUACUGCAAAGACUCUUGGACAGGCACUAGGAUUGGCGAAUAUCUCAUGUUAAGUAGCUUUUCAGAUGAGAGGAGGACAUGAUAACUUCAAAUCUACUACAAAGAUUGAUCAUUCAAAGUUCACUUGCACAAGAAGGCAUUGGAAAAGUGUGAAAAGGCAACUGACAGGACAGUAAUAUUGCACUGUGUUAAGUUUUAGGAGACAGAACCAAAAUGGACGUUUGCGUUGGUGAGGUGCAACAUUUUUUUCUUGAAUGAAAGAAUAGAGGACAGGCCCCUACUGAAUGAACAUAAAGAGCAACAGAUUGUACAUGUUCCUAAUACAAAAAUCUAAUAGGUAUUUUUAAUUGCCUACUAGUACAUGUAUAUAGGAGCACAGAAAAUCCUUUGCACAGCAAACAGCUACUUUGCUCUGGUCCUUUGCAAGAACAAAGGAACAGGCUAACAGUAACAGCUAAUGCCUAAAGCAGGCAAUUUGGAUUUGGACUGAAGUAUUGUAUUAAGUAUAUAUACCUGCCUAGAUUAUUACAAAGCAUUGGGAUGCAAAAGUAGGUUACUAGGUUCCUAGCUGCAUCUGCUGAGGGUAAUGUCCAUACUCCACCUCAUUUAUCUCCCUAAUCGGACCAGUGGAGCAAAAUCAUUUUUUUGUGACAUGGAGAGCGAUCAAACUUUUAAGCUGUGGGUGAUUUGAUUGAUGCUGAAGUCACAUCACUAUGUACCAAUUAGUAUUUUUUAGUAGUAUGAAGAAAAGAGGCAAAGAGAGAAAGAUCUUGUUGGUGUCAAGGUCAAGUGGGAGCAGCAGCUUCAUCUGGUAUGCCUCAUGCACAAACUUGCUGCAAGAUAGGAUAGGAAGCAACAGAUCCACGAUUUAAUUUCAGUUUGAAGCAACAUGAAGGAGAGCUGCAACCAAAUCUAUUGGCAUCAAUAGAGCACCGAUAGAGAGUGGAUUUGUUGGCUCGCUGGUUUUGUUGAAACGAAGGGAAUCACCAAAUCCAUAUCUUGCAACGAGAGGAGCAGCAGGCCAGCAGCAGAGAAGCUUGGCUAGGGAGGU